UUCACAAUCAAAAAUUACUGCUUUUUUACCUAAAGUAUCUAUUCCAAUAACUAUUAAAGAAUUAACUACAAAUAAAUUAGUUAAUUUUGUAUAUAAAGAUUUAUGUCUUUUUGAAAUUAUUGAAGGUGAAGAAUUUAGAGAUUUUUCUUAG